AACAAAUUCGACUCACAAAAGGGAAUGGUCAGCUUCGGUACAAACCGACGCGAAACUACAAGAAUGAAAGACACCAAACAUCCGGAAUACAACCACGAAGUCAACAUUGACCAAAGCGAAAUUCCUUUGCAAUCUGGUACAAACAAAUUCGCCUCACAAAAGGGAAUGACCAGCUUCGGUACAAACCGUCGUGAAACUACAAAAAUGUUGGACACUGCUCACCCAGAAUACAGUCACGAAAGCAGCAUCGAUCAAACGAGCAUUCCUUACCAAAUGGGAUCAAAUCGUUAUGCUUCACAAAAGGGAAUGACUUGCUUUGGACAGCCACGUUGGGAGGUGCUUGACCCAAGCAUUAGCUACCAGAACCGUAAAUCACAAGGAAUGGUCCGUCUCCAAUCCGGAACAAACCGGUUCGCCUCGCAAGCGGGCAUGACAGGUUUUGGAACUCCCAGGAACACAACAUACGAGGCGGAGUCUGGCGAACUUCCAUAUGAAGAUAUGAAGAAGUCAGAAACGAUAAUUCCAUCCCAGGCCGGUUGGAACAAGGGAGACUCUCAAAAGUUGAUGACUGGAUUUGGUACUCCUCGUGACGUUAAAGGCAAACAUUUGAAACGUAUUUGGGAGUUGGAAUACCCAGAGGAGGCUGAAAUUUCGUUGGAUCGACUUUAA